UUCCACUGCCGAGACGAGCACAGAUUUUGACCUCAUUUGAUUCUCAUCGACCCUUGAGUUGAGCUGCUCAUGUGUCUAUGGAAUUUACUCCUACGGUUACGCAUGCCUGUAGAACGGUAAUGAUGGAAGCCGACACCAACAGAAGACUUGUUACCAGUUGGUUGGUUUUGUGGUUUGCUUUGGCGGUCGUUGUACGGCAGAGCAGUGGCCAGGAUGAAAGUAAUCCACUGUUUUGGAAGACCGAAGGCCAUGACGAACUUGUAGCUGCCAUCAGGGCCACCGAGCACAACACUAACCGCGCCGAGGCCGUCAUACUGUUCAUCGGGGACGGUCUCAGCGUUCCUACCCUGACUGCUGCACGGAUCUUCAAGGGGCAGCAGCAAGGAAAGCCUGGAGAGGAGACUAUAUUUUCCUUCGAGCAGUUCCCCCAUUUGGGAUACUCAAAGACAUACAACACGAACUCCCAGGUAUCCGACUCAGCAGGGACUGCCACAGCUUACCUGAGCGGUGUCAAGACCAAGAGACGACUGGUGGGAUUGGACGCUGGGGCCAAUGCUACCAUGUGCCAGCCAACCACGAUGUCCCAUGGAGUCGACUCUAUCUUGAAAUUAGCCAAGGAAGCAGGAAUGGCCGUGGGCGUGGUAACGACGACCAGUGUUACCCACGCAACGCCGGCAGCGGCCUACGCGCACACACCGGAGCGGAACUGGGAGGCGAGUGUGCCGGCUGAAGAACGGCCCGCUGGGUGCACGGACAUAGCCCUCCAACUCAUCGAGUCCGACUUCGAUAUCGAUGUCGUCAUGGGCGGCGGUAGGGGCAUGUUUACACCGAACACCACUCAGGACCCGGAGGUCACCACUCUCUCAGGCAUAAGGACAGACGGGCGCAAUCUGAUCGACGAGUGGAAGGCGAGAUACCGCCAAAAAGGAACGGCCGAAUACGUGUGGAAUCAGGCGGAGUUUGACCGAGUCGACCCGUGGACCACCGACUAUCUCCUCGGACUUUUUGACUUUAACCACAUGCAUUUUGCGGCCGAUAGACCUCAAGAUGUUGCCGGCGAGCCAAGCAUCGCUGAGAUGACCGAAAAGGCGAUUAGAAUUCUCCAGCGAAAGAAUAACAGAUUCUUUCUUUUUGUCGAAGGUGGUCGGAUAGACCACGGCAACCAUCUUAACACAGGCUACGAUGCCUUAACGGACACCAUAGCUCUGGACGAAGCUGUCCACAGGUCACUGGAGCUAACCGGAGACGACACUUUGAUAGUGCAGACUGCCGAUCACGGACACACGCUGUCCAUUGCCGGAUACCCACCCCGAGGCCACAAGAUUUUGGAUAAGAUAUUUUCUGACGAUCGCGGGUUACCAUAUACAACGCUUGGGUAUGCCAACGGACCGUUUAGCUAUUUAGUCAGCAGCUCACUGACUGGAACAGGCGAACGCCCGAAUAUAACAAAUGUUAACACAGCUGGCCCCAAGUACACCCAGCAGUCUCUGGUCUUAUCCUUGUUCGAGUCGCACGGCGGUGAAGACGUAGCGAUCUUCGCCCGUGGCCCCAUGUCUCACCUGUUCCACACGGUGCACGAGCAGCAUUACAUAAUGCACGUGAUGCAGUACGCAGCCUGCAUUGGAGACUACCACAACCGAUGCCACACGGUGGACCCUACGGUGGGCGUGCCGGAAAAAACCCCCACUAGCGCAUGCGCGGUUCCAGGGGGAGUACCGGGGCUCGCUGCAAUUUCAGUUGCAGCAGUUCAGUUUAUAAACCACCUACUGAUAAAUUUUACAAAGUAGAAUAAAGAAUGGUACAGUUUCCACCAUAAACGAACUUUAUUAUCAUAUGGCUUGUUUAUUGAAUCCUCCCUCUUCUUUGGUUAAUCAAUUGUCAACGUGUUGUUCUUUUAUCAUUUUUAGACGCCACAUUUUAAAUAAAAACGUUGCGUCACAGGCAGAACAGAAAACAGACCAAUUGCAAAUGUAAAUUAUUUAUGAAAGUAGUCAUAAAUUAAUAGCUUUUUGUCACUAUUCUCAGUUCUUCAAAAUAAAUUAAAGCCUUUCUACUUUUCUAUUUCGUUGUUGAAUUUUGUAAAAUUGAAAUGCGAAAUGUUUGAC